AUGGCGUCUAAUAAAUUACCUUUGGAUAUUUUAAUAUCGCAUAUAAAACGCCGACCACUUAGUGGUUCAGUUAACCUGCCACCGAUUAUAUUUUGGAAAGGUUUCAUAGUAAUUUUCCCAUUUUGGCAUUAUACAAGCUCCGCCCCUCAGUCGCAGACCGCUCCAACCCCCCCAUACCCUGCAGGCUUUGCGCGGAAACAGGAAGUGGGACUGCGAAUCUGGGAGCUUGGGGAGCAGCAGGCCAUUCAGAGAGGCAAUAUAGAAGUUGCAAGAAUACAUGCUGAAGAUGCAAUCCUCCAGAGGAACCAAGCAAUUAAUUUUUUGAGAAUGAGUGCUAGAGUUGAUGCUGUGGCAGCCAGAGUUCAAAUUGCAGUAACAAUGGGCAAGGUAACUAAGUCUAUGGCAGGUGUAGUCAAGUCUAUUGAUGGUACAUUGAGGAGUAUGAAUCUUGAAAAGAUUUCUGCCCUGAUGGACAAAUUUGAACACCAGUUUGAAACACUUUAUGUUCAAACACAACAAAUGGAAGACACAAUGAGUAGCACCAGAACCAAGUGGCUAUGCUGCUUCAAGAAAUGGCAGAUGAAGCUGGAUAGUUAUUUGUGUACCAGAUCAUCUAAACUCUACCCUCAACAGCACAGCCUACCCCAUGCCUACUUCUAGGACAAAGAAAUGCCAUGUGACCACACAGUGAGAAGAGAGCCAUCUGUAAGCCAGGAAAAGGAAUUUCAUCAGAAUCCGACUGUGCUAUCAUCCUGACUUUGAAUUUCUAGACUCCAGAACUGUGAUAAAAAGAAUGUCUGUUGUUUAAGCCGCACAUUCAAUGGUAUUUUUUUUAUUGCAACCCAAGCAGACAAAGACACACAUCUAAAGGCAAUUUAAGGAGAGAAUAGAAACAGAGAGAGAGAGAAAUUUCCAAAGUCAAAGAAAGGUAUGUGUCCUCAAAUUAAAAGAUCAUACUGUCAUGAGUGAAAUAAAUACAAAUAAAUAUAAACGUAGACCUAUUGUGGUGUACCUGCAGAACAACAAUGACAAAGAAAAUAUUAAAAGCAGAGAAUUACAAUUUAUCUACAAAAAAAUAAAUUAGGCUGAUGGUAUAUCUAUCAUUAAUAAUAAUUGACUUUAGUAUGAAAUAGAAUACUGUUUUCAAAGCCCUAAAGGAAAAGAAUUAUCAACCUAAAGCUCUACAUCCAGCUAAAUUAUCAUUUCAGCGUGACAGUUAAAUGACUACAUUUUCAGGCAGAAAAUAUAAGAGAUUUUACCAUUUAAAGAACUUUGUUUACACAGGCAUUGAAGGCUAUCCUUCAAUAAGAAAGACAUUGAAUUCAGAAGGAAAUAAUGGGAUAUAAGAUCGAUGAGGAACAAGUACAUUUGCAAUAUGUGGGUAAAUCUAAAUAAGAAUCAACAUUUAACAAAUCAAAAAAUAUAAUAAUGACUACCAAAGGUUAAAACAAAGUGCAACUGAAAUACUACACAUGUAAAAUAAAAUUGAAGAUGGGAGUGGGUAAAUAGGGUUAAAAUUUUCAAAAGACCUUUUCAAUUAAUCAUGAGGUUAUUAGAAAUAUUUUUUAACACUUAUUCAUUUUUGAGAGACAUAGCAUGAGCGGGGGAGGGGCAGAGAGAGAGGGAGACACAGAAUCCGAAGCAGGCUCCAGGCUCUGAGCUGUCUGCACAGAGCCCAAACGUAGGGCUCAAACUCACAAACGGUGAGAUCAGACCUGAGUCUAAGUCAGAUGCUUAACUGACUAAGGCACCCAGGCGGCCCAGCACUACUAGAAGUGUAUACAAAGGACACAGGAGUGCUGAUUCAUAGGGGUACUUGUACUCCAAUGUUUAUAGCUGGGUAU